UUAAUUAUGUUUUAUUUAACGAUCACUAUAAAAUAAAUGGGAACAUCCAUAUGGAAUGAUCUGACAGACACUUGGAAAGUUUUGUGACUGGUGUGGUGUUAUCAAAUUUGUGUGAUAUAAACACGAAUCAUGCGGAUUCUUUUUAAUUUAAUUAAAAAAUUACUGCCGCUUUAAUGAAUUUAGAAUAUUAAUAAUACGUAUUAGUAAAAGUUAUUUUUAUAAAUAGAUUAAAGUGGGUCAGUGCGUAUUGAAAGUUUUUUGAUAACAAUGAAUGAGAAAAAGGCGCAAACCAACUUCACGAGUUACAUCAAUACGGCCGUGAACAACGGGGAAAAGAAUGGAUCUAAACAAGAAGUGAAGCCAAAGUUAUUAAAUGGUGAACUAGUUGUGAACGCGGCUCAUAGUGUGCUGAUGCUGACACCGCUCAGCUGCAUUCAGCGGAGUGGUUCCCUCUUCAUCACCAAUUACAAACUGUCUUUCGUGCCAUACGAGCCCAUGCAAUACGAUGAAUGCGGGCAACGGAACUACUUGUUGGGUCCGUACGACGUGCCUCUGACCGGGAUCGGAGCCCUAUGGAUGACCGAGGGAGACCUAGUGCGCCGCCGCCGUCUCCUACCCUACGGAGAUAUGCCACAGAAAGUUAAGGGGCUGCAGGUUAUAUGCAAGAACAUGAAAGUAUUUGUCUUCAGCUUCGCGGACUCCUUAAUCGGCAACGGGCGGAAGGUCGCGCUCACGCUCUUACACCACGCGUUUCCCAAACGACACCAUUUACUAUUCGCGUAUGAAUACAAAGAGCCAUACUACCGGACCCUGCCCACAGACUUGAACAUGUUCGACAGAACGAUAGACUGGAAGAAGGAACUGGAGCGGUCUGAGUGUCCCCACUGGAGGAUAACGCUCAUUAACGAUGGUCACGAUGCGUUCAUGUUAUCUGGACCGCCCACGUUGAUAAUACCAAUGUCACUGCUGGACUGCAAGGUGUUGGAGUACGCGAGGCACUACAGAAAUGGAAGGAUUCCGAUUUGGGUGUGGGGCAGGCCGGAGGGUGCAGCUUUGCUCCGGAGCGGGGAGCCGCUGCAAACUGAGCAAGCUUCGAAAAUUGAGGGCGUCGUACUAGAACUGGUUCGGAAGAGUCAUCCAUACCUGACGUCACUCAAAAUUAUAGACCUCUGCCGAAAUUCUAUAUCUAAUAGCCCGGGAACCAAUAUCCUACCGUCCAUAUCCACGCUGCAGUCAUCAUUCAAGAAACUGACUGACCUCUGCACGCCCACAACGAUUAGGAACUUUUGGGAACAAGACUCAAAGUAUUACUUGAUCUUGGACUCGAGCCGCUGGUUGCGGUACGUGGCGUACUGCUUAGCGUUCGCGGACGACGCGGCCAAAAAUCUAGCAAACAACGUCACUGUCGUCCUAAUCGAAGGUGAAGGUGUGGAUUACUGCGCUGUGGUGUCCUCCCUGACUCAGCUGCUUGUGGACCCUCACUACCGCACCAUAUCUGGCUUCCAGUCGCUCAUACAAAAAGAGUGGAUCGCUCUUGGUCACCCCUUCUGUGAUAGAUUUGGUCUCCCGCCGCCGGUGUCGAAUGAACUGCUGGAGUCGGGCAUGGGCCCGGGGAAGGCUGAGGCGCAGACCGCGCCCGUGUUCCUGCUGUUCCUGGACUGCGUGUGGCAACUGGUACAGCAGUUUCCCUCCAGCUUCGAGUUCACCGAGACCUACCUCACCACGUUGUGGGACUGCGCGCACAAUCACGCCUUCGACACCUUUCUCUACAACUGUCCCAGGGAUAGGGCCCCUAACAUUUUCAAGAAUUACAUACAACGACCAUUGUGGGACUGGAGCGAGCAGUUUUCCGAUCAGGACAAAUCCUUGUUCUACAAUCCCUUGUAUGGACUAUGUAACUACAUGCCCGUACCCAAACAACGGAUAUCUAUGUCCUCGAUAUCGGCCAAGCAGUCAGGCAAGGAGCGGCCACCGCUGCAGCGGCUGCAUCCAGCAGUGUCGGUGGGCCGUGUGGAGCUGUGGGCGCAGUGCUACGAGCGCUGGCUGCAGCCGCUAGAUAGUAUGAACACGGGGCCCGUGCAGCACCACAUGAUGCACUACGGCCUCAGGGACCAGAUAAAGCGCCUGAGCGACAGACUGUCGUCUCUAUCGAUCUUGAGCAACCGGCAAUCCAACGGCACUGAAGUGGAACAGACGCGACCGCCAGUCUCGAGGUUCUUCCCGUUCAGCCAGUUCCAGAACGAGGCCGUCACCGGCACGCUCGACGCUAUGCAAGUUAGUCUCAUCGACGCCAGCCAACUACUCGACUCACAGUCGCUACUCAACGCGCCCGACUAACAACAGCACCUGCACGGAAAAUGCAAAAUUCCGACCCUACGUACAUACAUAAUGUUAACUUAUCAUAUGUAGUGGUGAUUUCUCGAUAUAGUCAAUUUCAACAAUGGACGCUGUAUAUGUUGAAAAUCCCAGAAAUUCCACGUGUAAAG